AUGGCAAAAACACGCAGAAUCUACCAGAAUACCGCCGUGCCACAUGUUGACGUCCCUAAUGUGGACCUCCUCACUUUCCUAUUUGAUUCAGAACAUAGCAUUUCGACGCCAGACACGAUACUCCAUGUGGACGCUGCACAUCCUGACGCGAAGCUCACGAAAGGGAAUCUUAGCGACCUGACGCAACAAAUAGCACAUGGCCUUCGCACUAAUUACGAUGUUGGAUCUGGUGGACCAGACAAGGACGUUGUGACUGUGAUGAGUUAUGGUCAACUCCUGAUACCAGCUGUAUUCUAUGGUGUCAUCGCAGCUGGAGGCAUCUACUCAGCUGCUUCUCCGUCUUCAACUGUGGCGGAAUUAGCGCGCCAAAUCAGUGUGGCGAAGUCUAACCUUGUUAUCUGCAGUUCUGAGCACGAAACCGUGGUGAAAGAUGCAGCAAGGCAAUGUGGUGUGCCAUUCUCGAGAGUUCUGGUCGUUGAGUCAUGGCCAGAGCUGUCUCUUAAAUCUCUAGGUGGCAUUGACGCUAUAUCGAGUCAAAAGUUGCACUGGGAGUGUAUCACCGAUGCACCAAGACUCAAGAGAUCUAUUAUCGUCAUCCUAUGGUCAUCCGGUACCACUGGUCUUCCGAAAGGAGUGUCUCUCAGUCAUCUGAAUUUAGUUGCAGAGACAUUCAUUGGCACGAUAUUAAGCAGAAUGCAUGUCGCUAAACUGCUAGAAACCGAUCCUGCGUCGUACACACCUGUGGAAUUUCGAACACUUGGUCAUCUACCAAUCUCACACAUUGCAGGUUUUAUGUCGUAUCUGAUCAUUCCUAUCUAUUCCGGUGGCACAGUAUUCUGGAUGAGAAAGUACAAUUGGACCGACUUACUAAAGUACAUGAAAGAGUACAAGAUUACAGCUUUUUACACUGUACCGUCAAUUUAUUUACGAAUCGCGAAAAGUCCGGAGGUGAAAGAUCACUUCCAGCAUGUGGUCGCAGCGAGCACAGGCGCCGCGCCUAUGGACGCGAAAUUACAAACCUCUUCUAAUUCGCGCCUCGGCGAUGGGCAAAGUACUUUUAUCGGACAGACAUGGGGCUUGAGCGAAACGACGGGAGCAGUUACUGCGAUACCUGCUGGCCAGACUGACGUAACAGGUUGCAUAGGCUUUAUCCUGCCUAACGUUGAGUUACGUAUGGUGAACGACAAUUACGAAGAUGUCGAGCCCGGACAGGAGGGAGAGCUUCUCAUCAGAGCACCGAUGGUUAUGGAAGGAUAUUUCAAUAACGAGCAGGCGACAAAAGACGCGUUUCAUGAUUUCAACGAUGACCACCGAGGACCUUGGUUUUGUAGUGGCGACAUAGGUGUCAUGAGAGACGGCAAGUUCUAUAUCGUGGAUCGCAAGAAGGAGUUGCUCAAGUACAAAGGCCUGCAAAUAGCUCCGGCUGAGAUUGAAAAUUUACUAUUCACGCAUCCAGCAGUAGCCGAAGCUGCAGUUGUCGGCGUCCCAGCUCCUGAUGAUCCAGGCACGGAUCUACCACGAGCAUAUAUUGUGCUCAGCGAGGCCUCCCGAGGUAGUUCAGGACAUGACGACUCAUCGAAGCUGGAUACUUUGGAGCAAACAAGAUACAUGGAUUCCAAGCACACACGCAAUGACUCUUCUAAGGAGGACACCCUUGAUCAGACACGUUACGCAGAUGUGCGGCGCACAACCUCAGCGAGCACGUCUUCAAUACAAGGCUCUGGGUCCGCAUCUUCGGGUUCGUGGCCAACACCGACAUCGCCUGGGGCUCAAGCGCCACUGCAAAAAUCCGCAGGAAGUGAUUCAUCCAAGCAGGAUACUGUUGAGCAAACACGAUACAUGGAUGCAAAGCAUUCCCAGACACGAAAUGAAGGCUCUGUAGGCCCUUCGAGAUCAGCACCCUCAGCAUCAAUAGACCAGACGACGAUAAAUGACUCCUCGAAACAAGACACGCUAAGCCAAACCCGAUACUUCGACCAAGAUACCAGCAAAGCCAGUGCUGAUGAGCCCGCCCUAGCAGAAGAACUCAAGAAGUAUGUUGCAGAUAGAUUGGCACAGCACAAGCAGCUGCGAGGUGGGAUCAAAUUCGUCUCGGAAAUACCGAAGAACGCUAUUGGGAAGUUCUUGAGGAGAGACUUGAGGAUACGAGCGAAGAAGGAGAUAGAAGAGGAGAGAGGUGCUAUCAAGGCUAAGCUGUAG